CUGGGUUGAUACUAUAGUUGCGGCAUCUGGAAAUUACCAGUGUUUUGUAAUUUCCUUAAAUGAAGUGGCGAUAUUGCGUUGAGAUAUUUUAAUUGUUUGGUCAAAUUGAUAAAAUACUAAGUCAGCAUGUGGUAAUAAUCAUCAUAUAUUUUAAUAUAAGGUAAUGCAAUAUUCCAUGUCGUAACUUGUUGAGAUAUCGGUGUUGUAUUGUAGUACAGGGUAAUACCGGAUGCAUAUUGGUAGUAUUUGGUACGUUUAUCAUUGGAAUAUAUAUCGUACUGGCGACAUUAUCGUUGUUUGGUUAUUUGACAUAUUUUCACAAUGUCAUUGACUCGCGAAGUAGCAAUUAUCUUUGGUCUCAUCCUAAUAUGUUCGUCGUCGUCUCAGUAUGCUGGGAAAUCGUUUCAGCUCACUCGUUCUGACUAUGAUGAAUUUAAAAAUCCAACAGCUGAAAAGUGCGACUGGCAGGCAGAGUAUCAGAAUCGAAAGUUUUGUGUUGAUACUAAUGCGCUAUGCAAUAAUAAUCAAAACACAAAACAUUGCUGUGAGUGCAUUUGUGAUUGGCCAAAAUCAACUUUCGACAGACGAGUUAUGAAAUGUCAAAUCAACAAAGAGAUUCGUUCUGAAUGCAGUGUAAAGUUCAAAAAUAUCUGGUCAGAUGGCCAUCCAAUAAAACUUCUUAAUUUGAAGAACAAUGGUAAAGAGACAUUAUACUGGAAAUAUAAAAAUGAAGUGAAGGGUGAUAAAAUAAAGUCCUUCAACGUCCUGAGUAUUGCCUCGUAUCAUGAUGGCAAAGUAGCGAUGAAAUCGUUUUUAAAGAAAAAAGGAAAACCUAAAAAAGACCAAAGUGGAAACUAUGAGACUGAAAUAAAGUGGGAUCAAGUUUCACUGAACGAAUACUAUGGCUUAAUAUUCAGAGUAAACAUCUCCUACGAAAUUGAGAAGAAGAAAAACAUAUCAAACAUCAAAGACUGCUUUGUCUUCAAAUCUUCAGGAAGUAUUAAGGUCACCUUCCCAAGUUUAUCCUCAACCACUUUAUCACCUUCAACAACGGAAGAAUCAACUUCGCCUGUACGAUCUUCAAAGAAAACACCUAGCACCACCCCUGACACCAAAUCAUCUAGCACCACCCCUGACACCAAAUCAUCUAACACCACCCCUGAUACCAAAUCAUCUAGCACCACCCCUAACACCAAAUCAUCUAGCACCACCCCUGACACCAAAUCAUCUAGCACCACCCCUGACACCAAAUCAUCUAGCACCACCCCUGACACCAAAUCAUCUAGCACCACCCCCACCGGAAAAACAGAAACAAUGACAACCACAGGUGAACAAGCAAAAACAGUAAAUCCCGUCCAUACGAACAAAAUGUCAACAUUUGAGUCUUCAACGACAUCAAAGAACACGGCUUCUCCUGGGGCGAGGGAAAAAAGCAGCGGAGAUGAAAAUGAUACUGUUGUUGUGUCGUUGGUUGUUGUUGCUUGUAUUGUUUUCAUUGUUGCUGUUAUACUUGUUGUUUGGUGGAAAAGACGACAGUCUGGGAGAGCAUCAAAACAGAAUAACCAAGCAACUAUCAUUGCAAAUAAAGGUGCCAAUAAUCCCAUGAUUAUGUCACCAAUGGAAAGUAUUUACGCCGAAGCAGACAAUUCAGUGAAUUAUCUUCAAGAAAAGGAGAAAAACAGUAACGUCUAUGAUUACGCCACAGGGAAUCUAGAAAGUAAUUACACAAGUUUGGACUUGAGCAAAGUUGAAUCAGACCCAGUUUAUCAUUCACUGUGCGACUCACACAACCAGCCCGGAGUGACAGGUCAAUGUGUCAGUAGGGGAAAACAGCCACACCUGAGUCGUUCUAUCAUGUUGUGGAAGGUCCUGGUACUACCCAGUACCCUGAGAAAAAUGAUAACUGUAAAAUACGAGAGGUUUCGGGAAGGACUGGACACGAGGAUACAGAGGGAGUAUAUAGUGUACUGGAAGAGUGUGAUGACAAUCCUGAGAGAGUGUACAGCGUGUUAGAGGAUGAGAAUCCGGAGUCAGAUUACUUGAAAAUAUUGGAAGAAAGUGCUGCUGUGAACAGUGGCACUGGUGACAAUCCUGAGAGGGUGUACAGCGUGUUAGAGGAUGAGAAUCCGGAGUUAGAUUACUUGAAAAUAUUGGGAGAAGGCGCCGCUGUGAAGAGUGGUACUGAUGACAAUCCUGAGAGGGUGUACAGCGUGCUAGAGGAUGAGAAUCCAGAGUCAGAUUACUUGACAAUAUUGGGAGAAAGUUCGGAAUAUGAACAGCCAAUUAAUCCGCCUGUGUCUGACUCCUGAAGUAUCAUAUUUGUUUAUUGAAAUCUGUUAGCCUUAGGACCCUGGGUUGGAAGCUCAGAUCGUAUCUCGACAGGUUUUUUAUCGUGAACACAUAGUCCUUACUCUAUAAUCUGUGACGUCAAAGAGUUCCUUUCGAAUUUGCAUUGACACCACUAAUAACGUCAAACCACGGUUAAUCGUGUCAAACACUAAUUUAAGUAAUUUUUGAACGUUUAUUGACCAAGACAACUGGAUUCUGACAUCAUUGUGAAAGUGCAGAGGGAAAGGUGGUAUAUU